UUUACAGAUGAGGAGACUGAGCCCCAGAGCCGUUAACUGUAAGGCGCCUGAAGUCUCUCAGCCUAGGAGUCCGGGGUUCAAAGCUCGCCUGGGUCGGCCGGUGGAAGUGGGAUUGGAAGCCCGGCCGACUGGAACCUGGAGGGUCCCCUCGGCGCGUCCGUUUAUGGUUAACAACUCAGUGCCUCUCGGACACUCGGUUUCCUCAUCCGCAAAGUGGGAACAGAAAAUCUACCCUCUUAGUGCGAUCGUGGAAAUAAAGUGCUUAGCCCAGUGCCUGCACCGAGUCUGUUUUCAUUACGUUGGUCCCGCCAAAUUUAUUUCUCACGACCUUGGCAGAAUGAGAAGGUUAGAUUUCAGUCUCGGGACCACCUGGCUGCCCUUGUGACCUGUAUACAUCCUACUCAGCAAGGAAAGAAAGGGACAGCUGGUACAUGUGGGGUGGUGGUGUUUCAGUUCACUGUAAAAAGAAACACAAGCGAGAGGAGGAGGAGGAUGAUGAUUGUCCAGUGAGAAAGAAAAGGCUGACUGAAGCAGGGCUCUGUCCUGGCCCUAAUGACUGGAUUCUUUGUACACAUCAGGAACUAGAGGGUCAUGGAGUAAAUCCGUGUACUAGUGGCCUUCCUGCAUCUGGCAUGUUAGAUGUGAUCUGUGAAGAAAUGGAUCAGACAGCUGCAGAACCACAGUGUGAAGUUGCCCGGAGGAGGCUUCAAGAAAUUGAGGACAGGAUAAUUGAUGAAGAUGAAGAAGUUGAAGCCGACAGAAAUAUUAACCGUCUCCCCAGUCUUGUCCUUUCUGAUACCAUGAAAACAGGUUUGAAGAGGGAAUUUGAUGAAGUCUUUACAAAGAAAAUGAUUGAGUCCAUGAGCCGUCCUUCCAUGGAGCUUGUGCUCUGGAAACCUCUCCCUGAACUCCUUUCUGAUAAGCCAAAGCCGUCAACUAAUGUUAAGAACUACACAGGAGAGAGCCAAACUAAGCAUGCAGCUGCUGGCACUGCCUUCCCUCAGAGAACUGAACUGUUUUUGGAACCACGGCAAACAGGGGUGCCUCUUUACAAUAGUUUGGAGACAGCUGCUUGCACAGAAGAAGAGAUGGAACUUUAGAAACCAUUUUCUACGCUAAAGUUGUCAAAUUUUAGAAGGUUCCUGUGUUCAGCCAUGAGCCUACUUGCAUAGUAUAGGGACUUGAAGGUUUUAUGAAACGGGUGUAAUAAUAUCUCCACCUGUGAUUUGGGGUGGGACUCUUCAUUUUGGGUAGCUGUUUAUUGAAUUCAACUUUUUGCCAAGGAAGCUUUUCUCAAGGGAAAAGCCAUUUCCUAAGGGGCUUAUUAAAGAAAUGUCACAGCCUCUACACAGGCAAGUAUAGAAGCUGUAUGAGUAAGGGUGACUUAAAUCACCUAUUACAUUGUCUAAACCAUUCAGACACUUGGAGAGUAUUCUCCUUGGGAUGAAAAAGUUGCAUUAAGAAAGGAUACACCUACUACAACUAACAGUUGAUUCAUAGCUUAGUCUGUGCACAGCUUUGUUUACAGUGGUGAUUAUAUGUAAUUGGUGAGGAGGAGGGAAGAAAGCAGUAACUUAAGCCUAUUGUUAAGAAAUUGAAUGGGGACCCUAAAACUUGUAUAUUAGUUGUCAGUUCAAUAUAGCUGUAUUGAUUAAAUAGCCAGUAACGUUGUGGCUCACCUCUUCGCCUCUGAAAAUGCAAUGAAAACACAAAGAAAAGGUUUUUCCUCAAAGCUUAUUUGCCUUGUGCUACUGUUGCUCCUUGGUUUCCCCUGCAUAAUUGAUAAGCCUGGUUAUUCAGGAAUGUUUACAACUUAAUUAACUUUGAAUGUUAGUUAAGAUUGUGAGGUAACCCAUGUGCAAACUGGCUAUGGGAGAAGCAUCCCUUAGUUAAUCUUAAGGAAAUUCUUGUCAGAGAAAUGGAUAUUUUCUGGAGUAAAAGAAAAAAGUUGUACCUGUUUUAGCAAAUUGAGUUUGUUUGUUUUACCUUAAUUUAGAAAACAGUGAAUGAAUAAUUAACUGAGAACGUAUGGGUAAGUGACAUUGAGAUUUACUGAAAUAGCCAAUUUGCCUGGUGCUUAAACUGUUGUACAGUAAGGCUAAAAGUUAGUAGAGAAUAGCUUCCUGCUACCAGGGAACCUUCACUUCUUGAAUACCUACAGCAGGCUCAGGGUGUCCUUUGGGGAUAACUAGGAUUGAAGUUUUUCAUUUCUCAGGAAGAGCUCUUCUGUGUGGACUCAGUGCAAAGUAAAAUGACAAUUUCUUUACUGCUACCAAAUAUCUAUUAUGACUUAAAUGAGUAUAAUACUGACCCUUACAUCACACAACAGGAGACCACUGCAGUUCUUUUUGUUUUAUUUUAUUUUCUGGGUUUCUUCUUGCUUUGUAGGAAUCAGAUACCUUGUGUAGAAAAAAAUGGUUUAUGCCAAGUAGAGGUGAAUUUUUAGAAACCAGCUCCCAGACAUCUUUGAAACCCAUGCUGAAAUCCCUUCCCUUGUUACAGAUGGCAUAGGAGUCAGUCACAAGUCUGUCAGUUGGACUUGUUUCUUCUCUUGGCCUGUUGUUCCUGCUUUCUCUAUUUCUGUCUGGAUAGUCAGGAAAAGAUUUAAUGUUUAAUAUUUAAACAAAAUGUUUAAUGUCUACACAGUAAAAUUACAUGAAUUUCAAACCAGUAUUGAAACACCAGUUGGAAACCAGCUAAUAGUUUCUUAAUCUCAGACUUAGAGAUGAAUGUAAACUGUAUUCUGUUGAAAUGUGCACGUGUUUGAUUCAUGCCGUUUGAAAAACUCCUGCCCUUGUGGUUGUUUAAUGGGACCAACUUGUAAAGUGUGUAGCCUUACAGAAGUCUUCAUGCUAAGAACUUUAUUCUAGUAUAACUCAAAAACAUGAAGCAACUGUCCAUAGCUGGGAGUUCAUCCCAGUGCUAGGGUGGAAGGUGAGAAGAAAGCUUUCCAAAGAAGGGCCCAAAACAUAACUGUGAUUGUCUUCUAUAGGAAUUGUUGGGCAGGCCUGAUCAAAGGUCUGUACGAUUGAUGGAAAAGAGGAAAGAAGGGCCAGUAACAAGGCUCUGACACUAUUGGUAGGAGAGACUUAAGAUUCUGUUAAUUACCAUCCAAACAGAACUUGUUUCAGGAGUCAAGUUAUCUGAUAAAAUAUUUAUUUCUGCAGGAGAAUUGAUGUUUAAUGCGCCUUUUUGACAUUUUUCUGGCACAUGUUUGUACAAAGAUUGUUUUCUUCAUCUUGUGGUGCUUAGUCCUCUGAGCUGUCUCCACAGUCCCAAUACCUUUGCUUUGUUUUUCUUUCGUAGCAUAGGGGUUUUGCUUUUGCCCUCAGAUUUUCUUCCCAGGUCUCUUUCAUUUUAUACAACUUUUGCAGCAUGGAUCAAACAUUGGCUUACUAUGCUAAUGUAUGAAGAGAAAAAAAUUAUCUAAAGCAGGUGAGCUUUAAUGAACAAAUGUAUAUUUUCUCUAAGUUUGAGUAGGGUGUGUGUGUGUUUAAUAUGAGAAAGACUGGUUCUCACAAAUAUUAAUUAAAUAAAAAAAAACUGCUAUUCGUUCUUAAAAAGAUACAAAUGUAAAAUUUAGAAAAAUUCCUAGGAUAGGGGCCAGAACCAUGAGAAGAGUUUUUACCAGCAAGUUUAUUUGUUAUUUUGGAUCUGGAACUUGGUUUUUUAAUAGUGACAAGAAUGGUGCGGUAAUAGGAGAGUUCUGGAAGAUGCUGUCAGUUUUAAUUUAAACUAAGAAUUUGGUGUUUCUGUAUUUUAUUGUUUUCAAUAAAACUUAAGUGUUUUGGACUUUUUGAGAUAUUUGUGUUCCUAUACUUGAGUAAAUGAUAUCAGAUACCUCUUUGCUUUCUUUAAAUUGUAGUUAAAGCAGCAUUCGUAUCAGUGAUGGACUUAUUUAAAUUUAUUCAGAGGGGAUGAUUAUGUUAGGUUAAAGGUAAAUUUUGUAAAUUUGCUAUUUCCAAAACAGACUGUUUUGCCAUUCUAAAACCCACAGGAUGCUUUCCACUCAGAGCAAGUCACUGCUGUUGAUUUGUCAGUAUUCAGAUGGCAGUGGUGACUGCAUCCUCAAAAAUGGUCGAGUGUGGAGUUGGAAACGGCAUAUAGAGUUCACAGAGUGGGCCUUGGAACCUUUAAAAUGAGGAAUAGGGAAGUUAUAUGAUGUUGUUUCAUGAUACUUCCUUUCUUAAGAGUUGACAGGUCACUGGGUGGCAGUAUUGCCUGCGUAUUUAUAACCAUGUUUUUGAUAAAUGUGGAUCCCUGAUUUGUUGAGCAGGGGGAGUUAAGUUUGGGUUGCAGUUACAGAAUACUGUUGUGUUUUUAACCAGAAUUUGAAAAUCACAACUAAAGGUUAACCUUGUGUUUUUUUUUUUUUUUUUUUUUUUUUUUUACACAUUU